AUGUUGCGCGCACCCGUCCGACCGAUUACCAUGGCGGAAGAAGGAGGUACACAAGAUGGGCUGGCGCCACCACAAACUGAGACUGGAGCUGAUGGAGAGAUUGUUGGAGGGCCACGAACACCCCAGCAAAUUGCAGCCCAGAAGAGGCUUCAGCAGCAACAGGCCCAAGUUGAUGAGGUGUGUGAAAUAAUGAAAUCAAACGUUGAAAAAGUACUCGAUCGAGACGCAAAGUUAUCAGAACUAGAUGAUAGAGCGAACGCCCUUCAGCAAGGAGCAUCCCAAUUUGAGCAGCAAGCAAAGAGUUUGAAGAACAAAUUUUGGCUUCAGAAUUUAAAGAUGAUGAUUAUCAUGGGCGUAAUAGGAAUUGUGAUAAUAGGCCUCCUCUUUGUUCGAUAUCGCGGCACCCCGUCUAUGCCCAGCAUCACUCCUGUGGCAGCCACCAAUGCUACUCUGCCCGUUGCCUCUACUAAGUGUAAGUUCUUUCUUCUCUUCAUUUCCAUUGAGUUUCAUCGUAUGUCUGUUGAUUCUGAGCAAUAUACUCUGUGA